AUCACUUCUCAGCUUCCUCUGUACCCAGUCCACCUUUCUCACCCGCCGUUCCAUCCUUCCGCCGCCGGCCGGUAUUUGUGCUUCUUAACAUCUCUUUCAUCUCCGAUUCUCGGACGUAGGCUGAUGUUCAACCAGCCGUAAGAUUCGUCCAUGUCCAAUCCGUCGUCGCCAAAACAAUUCUAGGGAUGUCAUGAUGCGAAGAUUCCGUUGCUCUUUAUCAGCUCUUGAAACAUUCUGCGGUUUCAAUCCCUUCUCCGCAAGCAUUUCUCCUUCAGUUCCCCGUACUUCGGCAAUCGCUGGUUUCAUUGCGCCCAGAUUUCCCUUCAAGAAUGAUUGGCGUUUGUAUUGUACUCAAAUGGCUGUUGUGUCAGAGCAAACCCUUAGUCCAGCUAGGAGGCACAAUGACCUUAUCGAGCUCCAGACAGAAAGACUGUGUGAAACUAUAUUGGGAACCUCCGAUUCAUUACAGCCCAAGCAGAAUCUUCACAUGGAGGAAGCACUGGAGCAGCUUGGUUUACAACUCACCACUGAUUUGGUCCUCGAGGUUCUUCACAGGCUUCGUUACGAUGAAAAGACGGCAUUCAGAUUCUUCACAUGGGCAGGGCGGCAGGAAGAUUAUGCGCACGAGGCUUGUGCCUACAACGAAAUGAUGGACAUUUUGUCGAGCACCAAGUACAAAGUGAAGCAGUUUCGGAUUGUGUGUGAUAUGCUGGAUUACAUGAAGAGGGGCAACAGGAAGAAUGUUCCCACGGAGGUUCUGUUGAAGAUUUUGAGAGAUUACACGCUGAAGUAUCUCACCCAUGUUCAGAAAUUUGCUAAGAAGAAGAGGAUUCGGGUGAAGACUCAGCCAGAGAUCAAUGCUUUCAACUUGCUUCUGGAUGCUUUGUGCAAGAGCUGUCUCGUUGAGGAUGCUGAAGCUUUGUUUAAAAAGUUGAAGAGUAAGAUUAAGCCAGAUAGCAAUACGUAUAACAUCUUGUUCUUCGGGUGGUGCAGAGUUAGGAACCCGACUAGAGCUAUGAAGGUUCUCGAUGAAAUGAUCGAGCUUGGUCUCCCACCUGAUAACUUUACUUAUAAUACUGCUAUCGAUUCAUUUUGUAGAGCUGGCAUGGUGGACGAGGCUGCUGGUCUAUUUGAGUUCAUGAGAACCAAAGGUUCGACACUUUCUUCUCCUACUGCAAAGACCUAUGCCAUAAUGAUUGUAGCUCUAGUUCAGAAUGAUAGAAUGGAUGAGUGCUCGAAACUUAUAGAGCAUAUGACUGCAAGUGGUUGCCUUCCAGACGUCCCAACAUACACAGAAAUGAUUGAAGGAAUGUAUACAGCUGGCAAGACGGAUGAAGCAUACCGGUUUUUGAAAGAGAUGGGAGACAAAGGUUAUCCUCCUGAUAUAGUUACUUACAACUGUUUCCUAAAUGUGCUUUGCAAGAACAAAGAAGCUGAUGCAGCACUCAGGCUGUAUGGGCAAAUGUUUGAGGUUGAGUGUCUGCCUAGUGUGCAGACGUAUAACAUGCUGAUCUCUAUGUUUUUUAAGAUGGAUGAUUAUGAUGGUGCUUGUGAGACUUGGGAUGAAAUGGAGAAAAGAGGGUGCGAUAGAGAUGUCGAUACCUAUAGUGUGAUGAUUGAUGGGCUCUUCCAUUGCAAUAAGAUGGAGGAUGCAUGUUGUCUUGUAGAAGAGAUUGUUGAUAAGGGCAUGAAGCUGCCUUAUCGGCAGUUUGACUCCUUCCUCAUGCAGCUUUCAGUGACUGGUAAUCUAAAAGCCAUCCACAAACUCUCUGAGCACAUGAGGAAGUUCUAUAAUCCUGCCAUGGCAAGGCGGUUUGCACUAAAUCAGAAGAGGAGAAGCCAAAGUUUUCAAGGAAGAAAGAAUAUAUGAGUUUGGAGCAACCCUUGCCAGUUUGAACUUCGGGGAGAUUUUGUUUCCUCGGAAAGGAACUCCAGGGACGCAAGCCAGGAAGUAAGGGUGCAGGCACAUGGUAAGCUGUUCGUCUAUCACACAAUGUUGGUUGCUACAAUGCAUUUUGUGCUCUGGAGGCUGGUGCGAGUUUCAGAACGAGAUUGUGGAAGAGCGACAUUGUCAGCCUUCCAUGGACUUGGAAGGUCAAAAUGCGCAUCAUGAAGACAUCUCAUGUUGAUGAUCCUGCUCAUGUCACCCACCAGCAAGCAACAGUUCAAAGUGGGCAAAAUCAAGGAAGAAGAGAAUCUCAGGUUGAUCUCUCUGGAAUUUAGAAUCCCGUGUCUGAACAUGUAGAUCGCCCACGAGAAAGGUAAAAAAUAGAGAAAAUAAGCUUUUGCUAAGCAGUCUCAACCACAUUAUUCUACAAUUCAAGAGAGAUUUUCUACAUCAAUCAAUCAAUGGCUGCCUCAAAACUGCAACUGAUUGAGAUCUCUCUUCCCUU